AUGGGACCAAACACUCAAAUCUACUUGCUGCUUUCAACUUCAGAAGCCUUCCAGAACCACUUCGACAAACUUUGCGGCGACUAUACUUGGACAGCAAUCAUGGCGUCCAACGAGAAGCAUGAUCUGGUUCAAGUUGGCAUUGCCAAUGAGACGAGUACCUCCGCAAUUUCGCCUGACAUCCAGCAGGACCAGUCCCUUCUAGAGAAGCAGACCCGUACUCUUCGACUUUUCUCAAAGUCACAACUUUUCGCUUUUUCCCUCGUUUACCUGGGAACUGGGUACUAUGUCGCAGGGAAUAUGUAUUUCGCUCUCGCCAAUGGUGGCCCUGCAGCCUGGGUCUUCAGUUACCUUGUUGUCGCGGCCGGUGUGCUCUGCCAAGUGGCCGCUUUUAGCGAGAUGGCCUCGAUCCAACCUAUCGCGGGCGCCCAGUACUAUUGGACGUGGCAUUUUGCACCCCAAAGCCUUAAGCGCUUCCUCACGUGGAUUCAAGGGUGGUCCACGUGGGCAGGAUAUAUCGCUUUAUUAGCGAGCUGCCUGAACGGCAACACGGUCAUUUUAGAAGGACUCAUUCAACUGGCUCACCCGGAAUACAAGACUGGUGGCUGGCACACUGCACUUAUAAUGAUUGCAACGGUGGCUUUUUGCGCUAUCAUAAACAUGUACGCAUUCUGGCUCGUUCCGUGGUUCGAGCUAUUGACUGGCUUUCUCAACGUCUGCAUGGUCACUGCUCUUUUUAUUGUCCUCUGGGCCAUGGCUCCCCGGAACAGCGCCGACAUAUUCAUGCAGACCAAUGUGUCUUCAGGAUGGGGCAAUUACUUCGUCUCUGCUAACCUCGGCGCUUUGUCUAAUAUCUACCUCUUCAUUUCCUUCGAAAGCGUUGUUCACAUGGGCGAAGAGACACAAAAUGCCAAAUCUGCUGUGCCUUUCGCUUUGUUUUGGUCUACAGUAACCAAUGCUUUUAUGGGCCUCGUCAUGAUCAUAACGUUCGCUAUGGGAAUGCCAUCCCUCGAUGUUCUGCUAGACUCGGCCAGCCCUAUUGUUACUACUUUGCUAUACGCCACGGCCUCAACAAAAGCCACGAUAGUUAUCAUCAGUGGAGACGGUGGUCUGCCUCAGUACUUUGGUCAUGUUGAUGCGGUUCAACGAGUGCCUCUGCGGGCCGUGGUGCUGGCAACAAUCAUUGCAUCUCUACUAUCUCUUCUCAACAUUGGGAGCAGCACAUACAUUGCUUUCAGCGCUAUCAUAUCGCUAUCAAGUCUCGCCGUCUAUCUGAGCUAUGCUAUUGUCCUGGCUUGCCUUCUUUAUGCCCGGCUUAAUGGCGGAUUUAAGCCUGGACCCUGGAACCUUGGCCGGGCUGGCUCAAUUGUCAACAUGCUCGGGCUGGUCUAUACGGUCUACAUUAUGGUCUGGCUACCAUUUCCUAAUUACCUUCCGGUCACGGCUGCCAAUAUGAAUUAUUGCGGUCCAGUGUUUGGUUUGAUAAUAAUAGGUGUUGUUAGUCUGUGGUUCAUCCGCGGAAGGGAACAUUGGAAGGGUCCGAACCGCGCAGUGGUCGAGAUUGUGCUAGGAGAGGAAGAUUAG